AAGCCUGUCUGCUCAAGGAUGUCGUCCUUUCGUCAGGGCUCGCCCGGGGCAGGGCAAGAAUCGGAUGCCGAGGCCGCGUUGUUGCUCGACGCGCCAGUCUGGCAAGAAUCCCAAGCGAGGACGGCGAGUGCGACGGAGUCUGGCGGGCCGCGUCUUCGACGAGCGGCGGCGGCGGUGGUGCUGGCCUCCGCGGGCGCGGCGGCAGCGGCUAUGCUGUGCGCGGCGCUGCUCCGCGGGAGUGGUCCCUCGCGGGGGAGCAGCGCCGCGGAGUCGCUGCAGGAGCGUUUCGGCCUGAGGCUUUCGGAGGACGCGGUGGGCUCUCAGCUCUUCAACUGCCUCGAGGACUUGGAGACGUGGGAGGACGCGUGGCCGGAGCCGAAGAGAGCGUUCUGCUGCGAGACCCGGUGGAUCGGGUGUUCGGACGGGGAUGCGCCCCUCCGUGCGGCGGCGGCCGUGGAUGCUGUGCGCGAGUUCUCCAGCGUGCGCAAGCCUCGCUCGGGUGCUGCCGCUGGUGCUGACGGUGCAGAAGAGGUGCCUGGGCGCCCGCUGCCUGAGGCUUGCCGUACCGCGCUCGAGGGGGAGCCGUGCUACCUCGAGGUGCGCUGGGCAAUGCGGACGGGAAUCCACAGGCACCCCACGUGGUACGUCGGCCUCAGCGAAAGGUCAAGCUUCGAGGACUUCCAGGAAUUCAUCUACAGCGCCCGGAGGGAUGCCCCGUGCCGUAGGCCCUGCGCGCGUGCCGCCACGGUGGCGCCUGUGGCUGCGCCGAAGCCAGGCCACGGGAACAGAACGGCCUCGACCUCGCCACAUGCAGACGAGGCUGCAGGAUCUGGCGAGCUCCUUCACGGUGAACUGGGCGUCCCGACGACGGCUGCCCCGACGAAGACGGUGCUGACGGCGACAACUCUUCAAGCUGCAGAAGAAUCGCCAGCCGAUUGCCAUACCGCAGUCGACGGGGAGCCGUGCUACAGCCAUGUGGUCUGGGCCAUGCGCGUUGGCAUCGGUAAGAAUCCAGAGUGGUAUGAUGGCCUCAAUGGGCAAUCGAGCAUGGAGGAGUUCCAGACGCAUAUCCAUUGGAACAACCCUGAGUUAGACUGCGACAUCCCUUGCGCCUCCACCGUCACCGCGAGUGGCAACACUAGCAGCACUGGGGAACCUCUCCCGGUCUCGACCUCGGCUCAUGCACUGCGUAGCUCCACAGGACGCGCUCCCAGAAGGCAUGGCUCUUCGAAUGACACGCGUAACACAUCCUCAACGGGGACGGCGACCACGGUCACAACGGCCACCAGCACCAUCACCACCACCAUCACCACCACAGAGGCUUGCGAGACGGCCGCGGCAGGUUCGGAGUGCUACCAGAAUGUCCUGUGGGCGGCCCAGGUGGGCACUUGCCAGCAUCCAGACUGGUACCCAGAGCUGACCAGGAAGUCCAGCUUCGAAGCCUUCCAGAAGCACCUGUACCUCACAGACAAGGCGGCGAGCGGGGCGGCGUGCCAGAUGCCGUGCGUCGGCGAAACCGCGGUGCCCCCGAAGCCGGGUCCCACGAUCUUCUGCUUCGCCGUGGCGAACGAGGACUAUGAGAUGGACAUCAUGAGGUUUCAACACGAUAGGUGCGCUGGGAUUUUCGACUGCACCGAGACUGCGAUCAUCAGCCAAUUUCCUGACGCUGGUGGCCUUCCUGUCAUGCAAAUCGACUGGAUGGACGUCGGGGUCUCGCAGGACGGAUUCGCCGCGAACACGGAGGUCUUUCUGCAGGCUUGGAGCUCCGUGAGGGGCGACGGGCGCUUCGCCAAUUUCGAUUGGACCGUGAAAGCUGAUCCGGACUGCGUGCUGGUGCCUGACCGCCUCCGGUGGCGGCUCGGCAGCUUCGGGGUGGGCAAUUUCUACGUGGCGAACUGCGACAGGGGCGGCCAAGCGCCGCCCAUGAUGUACGGCGCGGUGGAGGCGAUUUCCAACGAGGCGGUGCAGGCCU